AUAAUAAAUCCACAACCACCCACACACCACAAGUCCAACUCCAACACAACCACCAUCUCCCCCAUGUGAACGUUACAUUACACCUUAGUUUGGUUUUGUAGCAUUAUUAUCCCUAACCCAUCAAAAACAGCAACAACAACUAUUGUUGAAUUAAUUGCACCAAAUAUUGUUUGUUGUAAUUAAUACUCCAAUGGGGAAUGCCUUGGGGGGAAAGAAAACCACAAAGGUGAUGAAGAUUGAUGGGGAAACCUUCAAGCUUAAAACCCCAAUAAAAGUUUGUGAUGUGCUAAAAAACCACCCUGGUCUUGUUUUAUUGGAGUCCGAGGCUGUGAAGCAUUAUGGUAUAAGAGCGAAGCCUUUGGAGGCCCACAAGGAGUUGAUGCCGAAGAGGUUUUACUUCCUUGUGGAGCUUCCGAAGGAGGCGACGGUGGCGCCGAGGAGGGUUCGCUCGGGGAUCAACAUGAGCGCCAAGGACAGGCUCGAGAGUCUAGUUCUGGCUCGGCGGUCUGCUUCGGAUCUUACGAUCAUGAAGCCGCUGUCGAGUGAGCCGGCAGAGAAUGGGGGACUGAGGCUUAAGAUGAGGCUGCCGAAGGCCGAGGUGGAGAGGCUGAUGAGAGGGUGCGAGACAGAGGCUGAGGCUGCGGAGAAGAUUAUGGGACUUUGCAUGGUGAAUGGUGGGAAUGGAAAUGGGGAGGUGAAACAUUGGAAGGGUGUUAGAGCCAGAGCUGGGGAAAGUACUAAGGCACGUGAGAAAAGGGUGAGUUUUAUGCCAAUCAUUGAAGGAGGGAGUCCAAUAGCUGUGGCUUCGUAAUUACAACAUAUUUUACAUUAGCUUUGAAACACAGUGCACCCUUCAGUGUUGCUGCGAGCCAGGGAGAGUUAUCUCACAAAAGGAAUGAUCUUCCUGGUGCAUAGUUUAAUAUAUAAGAGUGAUGUUAUUUACAUUUUCAUGCUAUAUAUAUGUUUUGAAGUCACAAACGGUUUCUAUAACUAUAUGGGUGUUUGCAAUUAUAUUAGUUUCACUAGACAGUAAAAUGUAGUUCAGGUACCUUUGUAGCUAUGAAUUACUGAACGUACGUAUGUUUCAAUAACAUUAUCCCACAAAUUAUUAUAUGUAGAGAAGAGACAUCAUUAAUGGCUGUA